AUUCAUCACGCGCCUCGGGCACUUAACAGACAGUAAGCCACACUCUUCAGCGAGAAACACCAAAGCCUCGCGCCACGAUGUGAAUUUCUUCUUAUGGAUUAUCUCUGAAAUGUGAUCAUUAACCGAAUAUUUCUAUGUAUUGGGCUGAUUUUGGACCUGUGUAACAAACCCCGGUAUGGUGGACACCCCCUCCCACCUUUCUCAUUAAUCUGGUAUGUCGAUUACAAUGCCGCCACGAGAUGGCGUAUACUAUGCUAUGGAUGUGAGAGUGAUAUGUCUUCUUAUUCUUGGAGUAUUCCUAGUGCUGUGUUCGGCGAGUGACUUAGAAUGUAAAGGAUACUGUGAUAUAUUUAGUAACAUUUGUAAGAAUGGAGGGACAUGUCAGCAGAAUUCCCCUUGUAGUAACACCGGUUUCUGCUCAUGCCCACCUAAUUAUGAAGGAGAACAUUGUCAGAAACUCAUUGAUCCUGUAGAAGGAGAUGCUAAAAAAGAAAAGAAGAAACCGAGGAGAUCUAAAAACAAUUUAAUCCUUUCUCUGUUUAGAAGUUUAGCGGUUCCUAGAUUUGGAGAAAAAUAUUCUAAUCAUGUUGGGAAUCGUGGCACCAAUGAAAAUCAUAAAGAUAACAGCGGUAAAAUACCUCGCAAACAGGACACAAAAACCGUAAAACCAAGCACCACCAUGUCUACUACUACCACCACCACCACCCCAACAACCACAAAUACACCCAAAACCACCACAACCACCACUACGACCUCUACCACAACCAAAUCAACAACUACGAAAGCAACAACAACUGAGAUGCGGACAACCACACCGACAACUAUUGCGAUCCCGGUGACAACUGAAAUGAACAGUGACGAAAUUACAAAUCUUUUUGGCGAGAGUCUUUUAUCAAGCGAUGACAAUUUCAGUGCGGUUUCCAAGGAAACAACAACGGAGGGGAAAAUGGGCGAGCUUCGAAUAUCGUCUAAAUCCACAGAGGGAGAUAACGUGUUGCAGAAGACAGGUGUAAUAACCUCUAAUCAAGGGAAAGGAAUGUCUCCGACUCAAACCGUUUUUGUUCAUCCAACGACUUCUGUGAUCAAAAGUUCUGACGGCAAGACAAAUAAUCAAAAACCAAACAAGCAAAUUGUAACUGAUUUGACAGGAGUUCAAAUGAGUAAUAGUAACCAAGUUAAGGCGUCCGUGUCGCCACUUAUUAGUUCAUCAUUGGGAAAUGAUGCAAAAGCUGAAAGACCUCAAAGUAGUACGCAAAACAAUUUUGCAUCAAGCUCCUUUACUACAACAACCGAAGAAAUCAAGAAAGCAGAAAGGUUGUCUAUUCAGCAAACAGACUUUCCCAAAUCAGUCGGAUCUUUGCAUAUCACCAAUAUUAUUACACCGUCUCCAGUCAGAAGUGUGAGUAUAUUGAAACUUCCUCUUAUUGACGUUCAGAAAAAGGAUAACCCCGCUCUGGGGUCUAAGAAAACAAUGGAUAUUUCAUCUAUUACAACACAGCGAUCCGAGUCCGGAGAAAACAAACAAAGCACGAACCAAGAGCCAUCACAGAGCAGAGAGACCAAUCCGUCCCCAAGUACGGCUUUCUCCAACGUGCAACGCACGACGUCAGUACAGUCAGACAAUGCUCUAGCAAUCAAGCAUGAUCCGAAAAAGAAACGGAACGAUAUCUCCCCUAGCGGUUCAGCAUUCAAGACAACAGUCAAUGUUGCUGAAGCGACUACACUCGGACAGCAGACAAACGACAAACCAGACAUUGUUUCAACAGUUCAUAGUGUUUUCCCAACAGAUGCUGUCGACACUACGCCACAAGGUCCUACGUCAAAAGAAAAAACGACAUCUUUAAUGGAUGACGUGGCUAAAGCUGUAGAAAAAGCCAUCAGGGAUCAGUCAGAAGAAUCGAUGGAUCCAGUGCCAUCAAAGGAGACUCAGGGUGCUUCUACUAUUGACAGCACUUCUGCUUCAAGUCCUACUGCUCCCCCAAAACAAGGGUCAAAGCUGUUUGAUAAAAUCACCACAUUAACUAACAGACUGACAAAGGAGUUCGCUAAGACUUUACAGAAAAUCAUAUCCUCUGUGUUAACGGACCCCGAGUCCUCCGGCACUGCAAGGCCUGUCACAGGAAAACCGGAAGCACACUUUGAUCACAUUAUACCUGACACUGUGAAUAACCUGAAUCAAAUGGACCAGCAUAUCAUUUUCAAUCUGAAAUUGAUGAAGAAAAUCACUGACGCAAAACUGUCACCGACGUCUCUAACUCCAGAGAAAUCGACAAGCAAUUCUGGGAUAAAACCCACGGUGGGUGGAGAGCGGCUACACGACUCUCGGACGACGUCUACAGGAAACAUUCUCAUGUCAACGUCUUCUAGUACACAGUAGUGGAACGACCAGCUCUGAGUUGAACAAGAAAUCCCAACAACGCGAGAUUGAAGUCCCUUUUCGGAGAGUGUUGUUAGCGUCAAUUCAGACGGGGACAUAUGCUACUGCUUUUUUCGUCGCUUGUCACUUUCACGUAUAUUGUGCAUGUUGUGCAAUUCUAUUGUGCAUUGCACAUCCUGUUUAAUAAAUGCCCAGAUUUACUUGGUGUUUGCUUGAGGGAUAUAUAAGGACUAUGCUGUUGCAAACAGCGCGUUAUAUCUCUCUUUAAGGUGACCGUGCUCGAUGGAAGGUGACGGUGGACGAACGUCGAAGAGCGUCGAGUGGAUCGUUGAAAUCAAGAUGGCAACGUCAGCCAUUAGGACCUUUGACAUGAAGUGGUCGAUCAAACACGUGAUCUGUGAUAAGAUUUUUUUUAGUUUACGUGCCAAAGCCCCAGAAGAGAUCAUUACACAUCUAGCUGGCCUAGACGUUUGUUUGGUGUCAUUGUUGUUGUAGUCUGUGUUAUUAAUUCUAAUCAAUAAAAACUAUUUAUUUCCUUUCUAAA